ACUCGCUGUACGUCUCCGAGUACUUCUCUCAGAGUGCACAGAAGCUGUCCUUCUACAGCUGGUAUGGGAAUGCCAAGCUCUUCCACUUCCACGUGCCAGAAGACACUGUGCUGCUUCGCUGGCUCCUGCAGGCAUCCAGGGGGAAAGGCCCCGAGUGCACCGACAUGGAGGUCACCGUGCACUUUCGCUAUGGAGCUCCGCCUGUCAUUAAUCCGCUGGGCACUCGUUUUCCUGCCAACGCAACCGUCCGUCCUUCCUAUAACAUAAGCAUGACACUGAGCAGUGCUGUGCAGAACAACACCUUUGUGAACGUUACCACUCCUGCUGCGGGAGACUGGUUCAUCGCUGCGCAUCUCCCCGAGGCUGCUGGCCGAAUUGAAGUGAAGGGUUUCUCCACCCCAUGCACCUAUAUGUUUCAGCCAGAUAUGUUUGUGCUUAGACUCAUUGAUAUGCCUGUUCUGGAGCCUGGUGUUGCCAUGACACAAACGGUCGUCUCACCUGCUAAACCACUGCAUGUCAAGGUCUUUGUUCCCAAGUACACCGCCACGAUGCGGUUUGAGCUGCAGAGCUGCGUGGCGAGUGAGCAGAAGGCCUGUGCUGUGCGGGUUGUGCUGGGCUCCAUCACGCUGCCACAGUCUUUCCAGAGGAUCCUCACCUGCACCGGGAAUGUAAAAUGCAGCCUGAGCCUGGAUUCACCCCCCUGGGAGAAGUGGCUGCAGAUCAUGGUGGAGAAUCUUGGCACUGCCAAUACCGAUGUGUCUGUGGAGAUGAUGGCUUCUUUCACAGCUUGCAAACCGGGAAGUACUAGUUCAUUCCUUAACUUCAGCAGUCUUAACCAGAACCAAACUGGUCCCAGACCAGGUAACACAGGAACAGCAGGGAGCCACGCUCUGCCUGCAGGAGAAGCCUCACGCAACGCAUCCGACCAGCAGAGUUUCUGUCUCCAGAGUCAGCCUGUUGUUCGUGAGGACCUGGACGUUGUGUCUGUGCGAUACAGGCUCUUGAACGGUCCCAGUGUGCCUGUGUACUCCAUCUUCCCCACCCUCCUCUUCCUCGGUUUGAAUACUGGCAUGGACAGCGGGGGUUCCCUUGUGGUGAAUCUCCUGCUUAACAAGACGUCCCUGAGCCUGGCCAAUGCCACUGUGUUAGCGUGCGUGAGUGCUGCUUCACCAGUGCUGUCCCCCAAUGCUACGCAGAACUGCAGCACAGCUUUCUUCCAGGGCUACCCUCUGAGUGUGAGCGCAUCCUCCACAGAAGCGAUGCUGAUUGUUCUUUACCCAGAGACCAGUGACUGGUUCCUUUCUCUGCAGCUCAUCUGCCCGAAGGGCCAAGGUGAAUGUAACAACGCAGAAGCCAAAGUGACCGUCGUAGCGUACCUCACCCCCUGCUUCAACGACUGCGGGCUGUAUGGGCAGUGCAGUCUUCUGAGAAGACAUGGCUACCUCUAUGCUGGCUGCAGCUGUAAAGCUGGUUGGAGUGGGUGGAGCUGCACGGACGAUACCAAGGCACAGUCUGUCAGCGCGCAGAACCUGGCCACCCUUCUGCUCACACUGAGUAACCUCAUGUUCCUGCCAGCAAUCGUGGUUGCUGUCUAUCACUACUGCCUGGUGGAGGCCUCUGUCUACACUUACACUAUGUUCUUCUCCACGUUCUACCACGCGUGUGACCAGCCAGGCGUUGCUGUGCUGUGCAUUAUGGACUAUGACACACUACAGUACUGUGACUUUCUGGGGUCCGUGGUGUCCAUCUGGGUGACGAUCCUGUGCAUGUCCCGGGUGAAGAAGAUUCUGAAAUACGUCCUUUUCCUCCUGGGGACUCUCUUCAUUGCCAUGUCUCUGCAGCUAGACCGCAGGGGAGUCUGGAACAUGAUGGGUCCUUGCCUCUUUGCCCUCGUCAUCAUGAUUGCAGCAUGGGUUUACCACGGAGUGAAGCGCAGACGCUGCUACCCCUCCUCAUGGAAGCGCUGGGUUUUCUACCUCCUACCAGGGAUCACCUUGGCUUUCAUCGCCAUCUCAGUAUAUGCAUUCAUGGAAACCAAUGAAAACUAUUACUACACCCACAGCAUUUGGCACGUGCUGGUGGCGAGCAGCGUUGCUUUCCUGCUCCCACCUCGGGAAAAACAUAAGAAGCCCUGGGCCUGGUCACAGAAACUCACCUGCCGCUAUCAGAUUUGUCAGAAUGACCGCGAGGAGCUGUAUGCUGUGACCUGAACUGCUUGGCUGCAGGUCACAGACACAAGGGGUUAGUCAGGUUGCUUUUUGCUAGACCAGCCUGCGCUGCCUCUCCGUAGCACUUUGGCAAUCCUGUUACAUGCUCAUUCAGUGGCUGGAACGGCACAGGAGCUGGACUUGGAUGUAAAGGUGCAGAGGGGGAGCUUGUCUUACAAAGACAAGUUGGAGCUCUCUGCUUUUCUGCUGGGACGGAGCAGGCCUUCGUGGUUUUAAAUGAAGGAAUAGUCUGCCCCCACCGCUCUUGUGGCCCAGGGGUGGACUUGUCACCCCUUCU